AUGGCACUACCGCUUGCGCAAGCCAUAGACGACUCUAAUGUGCACAAGAAACACUCAACAGACCGGGGAAAUGGGCUGUUCGCAACCCACGAUCUCCAUGUCAAGUCACAGGUAGUAUUUGUGGCAAGGCCACUACUGAUGGUUCUUGAUACUGCACAACUGAGAUCCCACUGCGAUUAUUGCUUCAAGUCUCCCGAAGACAAUUCUGCCGCGCCGGAAACAGUCGAGACUGGCACCCUGAAGAGAUGUACUGGCUAUUCUGCAAUCGUCAAUGCCAACGGCACGCUUGGUCUCAGUACCACAAGUUCGAGUCAUGAAGCUGGGCUUCUUCCAAGCGGAGAAUGGGAUGAUCUUCACACACUUGAAGACCACUACGAGAAAAUCUUGCAAGCAGGUGGGAAGAAGUGGCAAGAUCUUGUACUCAUGUCAAAAAAGAUCCAGAAGGACUCUGGAGGCAAGCGGGGUCUGGAAAUAAUCUUGCGGCUUGUGUGUCUGAUCGUUGUCAACUCAUUCACACUGACCAGUCCAACUUUUGACCCGAUAGGUCUUAUCUUCCAUCCAAAGUCAGCACUGUUCAACCACGCUUGCAAUCCUAACGCGUUCGUUCGCUUCGACAUAUCUCCCAAAGCCGAUUCCGGGGAUUUUCCACCUUACGGAAGCAUUUCCGUGCACACCCUUAGGCCAGUGUCGAAGGACGAAGAACUUACCAUAUCGUACAUCGACACGACAAGUCCCCGGUUCACACGCCAACAAGAACUAAAAGACCGAUAUUUCUUCGAUUGCUCCUGCGAUUUGUGUUCUCAAGGCUCUACCCCUAUUCUGGACGGGUACGGGCUCGGCGACAACGCGGCUGGUCAACAAGACCCAGGACGGCAGCAACAUUUGCUGAAGAUCCAAGCUUCGGCGGAACAAUAUCUCGAGUGGGUCAAAGGAACGCCAGGAAUGGAACAUGAGCAUGUCGCUGGUAUCAAGGACGCCAUGCGCGAGUUGGCAGACACCCAUACCUGGGGGCUCCAUCGAUAUCCGUGGCCACAACUACGGAAGCUAUUCUUCCUCGGCCUCCUGGGAUUGGGUGAUUUUGAAGCUGCAUUUCUGCAGUGCGCAAUACUCCUCACGAGAGUGUACCCAAUUACCGUUGCCGAGAAGCAUCAUCCACUCCGUCUGGUGGAAACGUGGACACUGUUCACAAUGUGCCGCGCCCUUUUGGCGACCCGCACGAGCAACGGGAAGGGAAAAGACGUUGAACCACUGGCAACGCUGAGCUGUGCUGCACUGCACGAGUUACAGGGUCUUCUUGACAUUGGUGGUCGAGUUGAUGGCCAGUUUGAACGCCUUGUGGACGAAGCAUUACGUUCCGUGCAAAGCCAGCCAUAUGUUUGGGGGAUCUAUGAACAGAGAGUUCAAAGCUCAAUUUCUGCUUGGGCAUGGUUGAAGCAAACGGUCGAUGAUUAUCUCAUGGAAGAAGAGGGACUGCAGGUUAGAGAACUUAACAACACUAACCCAGUCAAAUAA